CAGAGAGACACACGGAGACACACAGAGAGACGCAGAGAGAGAAGACAGAGAGAGAGUGAGAGAGACACAGGAGAGAGAGAGCAGAGAGAGAGCUACAGACACAGAGACACAAAGAAACGCAGGGCAAAAGAGAAAAAAUAUGUUAAUAGAGGGAACGGAAUAGAGAAGGUAAUCAGAGAGAGACAGAAACACAUAAAAUGGGUGAGGAACAGAGAUAUCGAAAUAAAUGACGAAAUAAAAGACAAAAAAUACUAAAGUGACAGAACAAGAGAGGGAGAGAAAAAGAAAAAAAGAUAUAUAGAGAGGGACAAAGGGGAGACCGGGAGGGAGAUAGACAAGGCGAGCAAAAGAGGGGACAAAGACAGAGAAACAUCAAUAAUUCAGUCCAAAUCAGUUUAGUAAUCCAGUCCCUUUGUAUACUCUCAGUGUAAUGAGGUGCAGCCCCAGGCCAGUGAGUCACUGGAAAGCAGAGCAGAGUACCUAGCUUCAGGAGGCUCCGGCGUGUGUUUCUGCACAGUAGCCGUACUGGGACUGGCUCUCAUCAUGGUAAAAUGGUGGUCCCUCUGAUUGUUCUGACCCUUAUCUGUCUGCUCCUCAGCCCGGACCCCACCGAUGCAGAAGCCGUGAAUAUCCUGAACCCGGGGGAAGUGGUGUACGAUGACGUGCAGGUGUAUGGCGUGGUGAACAUGGCCGUGAUCCUAGAGUGCGGCUCCACCUUACCGGACAUUUACAUCUGGGGCUUCACCAAGCAGGGCACCGACAAAAUCAAGGCUGUGGUGUACAACUUCGGGCAUGGUCCUCGGAUGCAGGCGCUGGCCGCCACGCUGGGCUCGGUAGCGGUGAUCUCGCACAGCGCGUCGCUCAGCAUCGACCAGCUUCCACGGGCGUCAGAAGGCCUGUACACGUGCCAAGCCUUCUACGAGAGGCCAGAAGGACCCGAGUUCCGCUACUACUACGUACGCCUCACCGUCCGCGUUCCGGUCAGUAAGCCCUAUGUCCUGCUGAGCGAUGCGUCUCCGGUGGAGGGAUCGGUGGUAGUGCUGCGCUGCGGCCUGGGAAACGGGACCUCACCCAUCCUCUAUGAGUGGGAGCACGAAAGGCCCGGCACUCCUGUCACUACGAUCGCCCGGGGCAACAGCAGCAUGCUCAUCAUGUCCAACGUGAACCGGAACAACACCGGUUGGUACCGCUGCGUGGUCAGCAACGCGGUCAACCUGGAGCGCUCGGACCGGGCCCUGAUGGACGUAGUCUACGGCCCAGACAUACCCCAGAUUGACGUGACGCCGUACAGUCUGACGGAGAAGGGAUACUCGGCCCUGGAGCGUGAGCGGGUUCUGCUGAUGUGUCAGGCCCAGUCCAACCCUCCAAGCGUGUACACCUGGUACUACAACAACUCCCAGGUCAACGGUGGCCCCAGUUUCAUCAUCAACAAGAUCCUCCGCUCACACACCGGAAAAUACGCCUGUCGGGCCCAGAACACCCAGCUCGACACCAGCUCCAUCAAAAGCAUCAACCUGACAGUUUUCUACCCACCGGACGGCUCUCCGUCGUGCUCGGUGGAGCCCGUGCUGAACCACAGCUCCCUGAGCCUGCAGUGCUCCUGGCCGGGGGGGCUGCCGGCCCCCACCCUCCACUGGACCCGAGGGCUGCUGGGCCUGGGCCAGGAAGUAGCCGGCCCGGGGCAGGAAAUAGACAAACUGAGCAACAACGUAACCCUCCCGCCGGCGGUGGCCAGGGCGUCAAACAACACCUUGUUCACCUGCCUGGGCUCGUAUGGCGCCACCAACCACAGAGCCUACUGCAGCAUGCGCACCUAUUCACCGCCGGCGGAGCCUGUGUGUUUCGCCAUCGCGACCCGGAACAACACGUACCUGAUGCUGUCCUGCUCCUGGAACGGGGGGGUCCCGCGGGCCCUGCUGUGGUGGGACGGGCCCGGGGGAAGCGAUGGCGGGGGCCAGCCGGGGGAGGGGAACGCCAACAUUCUGGUGCUCCGCCACGGCUCCGCCCAGAGCGGACAGGCCUACACCUGCCGUGCCCAACACCCCCUGGUGGCGACACCCAAGAGCUGCAGGGUGACUCUGGAGGCCCCGGUGCUGGUGACCCAGCGCAGCUUGGUGUCCGUCUACGAGGGGGGCGACGUCCAGCUCACAUGCAUCCUGGGAGCCAAUUACCCGCCAGCCAAUCAGAUCACCUGGUUCAACAACCACAGGAAGGCCGUGCUGGACGUGCCCAGGAAGUACCAGCUGCAGCGGGCGGCCGCCUGGGCCAACCUAACGGUGCGCGAGGCGGACGGGGCGCAGGACAGCGGCCAGUACUGGUGCUCCACCGCCAACGCAGUGGGAGGGGCCGAGAUCGCCGUCACCUUAUUGGUCCUGAGGUACCCCAUGCCCCCCAACGUCACCCUGCACAGGGCGAUAUACAGCAGCCGCCAGCGCGGAGAGGUGGAGCUGGGGUGGAGGAUGGAGACCGACGGAGACGGGGCCGGAGGAGGCUUCACCGGCUUCCUGCUGGAGAUCCGAUGGCUGACGGAGCGUGCGAAGCGUAAGGGGGGCAAGAAGGACGAGGGCAGCUUCUCAGAGUGGCGGGCCAGCGUGGUGACGGAGGCCGGGGCGCGCCGCCACACGCAGGGCAGCCUGGCCCCCACCAACACCUACCAGUUCCGCGUCACGGCGCUCAAUCACCGCACGGCGGGCCACCCGUCGGCAGAGCGGACCCCAGCGGACCCACCAUUCGGUGCGUAUCCUGCUGUGAUUGGAGCUGCCAUUGGUGGAAUGAUUGUUGCAGCUAUUCUUACAUUGCUGAUACUCUUGUUCCUAUUACGCAACCGCAAUUCCCGUCUACGUGAUAUGCUGUUCGGCAUGCAGCACGGCCAGUCGAGAGAAAACAUCAACUUCCCCGAUGACGAGCUCGCAGACGGUGAUGACCUUGGUUCCAGCCCAGUUCCCGCCAUAUCGCUGCCCCGAGCGGCCUCGCCUAUCCCAACCUCGCCCGCCCCCGAACAGGACUCGCCAACCAACAGCCAAGCCCCGCCCACUGGAGACGACGAGCCCGUCAACGUCACCAUCACUGUGAAGGCCACGGGUUCCUAGCCCGCAUCGGAGCCGUUGCUCUUGAAAAACAUUUUGUACUCUUUUUGGCUUUUAGUGAGCGACACGAGUUUAUAAAAACACAAAAUAAAUAGUUCUAGGUUCACGGUACAAGUGUUGGUCAAUAUUACAUAGAAUGCCGCACUCCACAUUAAAGUGA